UCCUUUCUUUCCUCCUUUCUUUCUUUCUUUCUUUCUUUCCUUCUUUCUUUCUUACUAGUACACACUGAUUGCAUUCUUCAGGAUGGUACAUGAAGAAGCUGAUGACCGGUUCUGGCUAGAUCCGGCUGGUGAGCCGGACAGCGCCCACCAGACGUCAGUAGGGGUGUUAGUGGAGGAGAGGCUGACUGUGGACGAACGAAUCAGGUCCUACAACAGCCGCGUGAACGCUGCGAAUGAGCAGAAAUUUAUCAACUAUUGCAAGAAAAAGGAGGACUAUGGAAUGAUACCACCAGAACCAGCUGACAGCCCAGGUGACACAGUGGGUAGGGAAAGCAGAGAUACUGGAGAUACUGGCAGUUACGGACACCUCAAAGAAAUGGAGGCCCAGUUGUACCAGAUCAGCAAGGCUGUUGGUGAGGAAUGGACCCGGCUGGGACAGGAGCUGGGACUUGAAAAGUCCGUCCUGGACAAUAUUAUAGGUGACGACAACACCCAGAAGGCACUGCAGAUGCUGAAGGCCUGGCGCACCAAGACUCCCUACGGACCGCUCCACUACCUGUCGCAGCUGGAGGAGACACUCAAGAACAUCGGGAGACUGGAUCUGGCUACAACUGUACAGGAGGCAUACAAGGAAUACCAGAAUGGCGUGCAGCUAUCAGAGCUCAGUCCAAACUUGGAUGAAGACAAAAACUGGUCCCUACACCUGCCAGGUGAAGGGAAGUACAUGUGCAGACGGACUGGCCUGGGUGUGGUGACACCCUACCCACUAAACGUGACCUACAGGAGUGCGAACUGGUCCGACUACAGCUGGCCGCUGGAAGGGGAGGAGUGGAUGCCAGUGGGUCCGCUAUUUUCUAUCCAAUGUGAGGACGUGGAGGGGCCGGUGGACCUCCUACUACCACACGUGCUCGCGGAUAUAACAGAAGUCACAAGGCAAGACUUACACGUCGUACACGUGGUGGGAAAUUCCCCCGAGCUGCUGCCGGUUACAAAACUCACCUCUUCCCACGCGGUGACCAGGUUCAAGAAAGGAAGUGAUUUUGGGUUGGCCGGAAAGAAGGAAAAAGUACGGAGUGUCUCUAGGAAAGGCUUAUUCACGGCCUUUCGUUCCUUAGAGAGCUCCGGCAUUUCCAUACUGAACGUCUACAUCGUCUCCAACGAUAGGACCGUGCAAGCGACCAUUGAACAAGACGAGACGAAAUGGCAUUCAUCACACUGCCACACCAUGCCCUGCCAUCUGUACCAAGGCCGUAAAUACUACCUCAAGGGAGUGGUUACGAAUGGCGGAGAUGUGUCGGUGUCCGUAAAACCGGAGUACCUUAUCUUUGAGGAUACCCUGGACAAUAACAAAUUCUACGCACCGUUCCGCGUCGAAGUUAGCCAAGACAUCUGGAGCAGCAACACCUCACGGCUACAUUUGGAACUGCAGGAGGAGACCAACAACGACGAACGGAAACUGAUUUCAGAAGUGACGCUUGGGCACUACACGCCAAGCUGCACAGCAGAAGAAACUGACAGCGGUUUGUCGACACCAACAGAGCUGCUGGAGUCAGUGAAGAGGCGACUGCUGGAUACACCGAGUACUUCAGGUGGUGACAUCAGCACGGGAAGCCUGUCCAGGAAAAGAUCUACAAGUACCUCGUCAUCAUCUGCUCGAAUGAAAAAGAGAAAAGUAUCUAAACCUCUGCGAACAGACGAUGGAGCAGGUCCCAGUGGAAUGCAGACGGACUCGAGUGUAAAAGAUGACGUAAACGAUUACUUCGAGGACGUUGUUGAUGCAGUCAGCAACAAGUGGGACGACUUGGCGCGGAAGCUGGGGCUCACCAGAAACGAGAUCAAAGUUAUUGAAACCUCGGAGCGUGACAAUGACCACAGGUGCUGGGAAAUGCUUGAAAGGUGGAGACAAAGCAAAGGAAGAGAAGCUACCAGAGAGGUUUUGAGGCAGGCGCUCAUCGACAUUGGCGAACGGUUGACAGCAGAGAGGAUAUACUUAUAAGAUACGUAUCUGGGUUCUGUGUCGUAAGUAAAAGAUGGCAACUGAAUGAAUGAAUGAUUGAACUUUAUUGCUCAACAAUCACGCAAAUUAAAGUACAAUGUAUGGCAAUCAAUAACAACUGUUAGCUAUAUAGACAAUACUAUCAUGAGGUUAUUACUUGUGGCUCCUUGUGAUGUGUGUGAAUUCAUCAUUGCAGUUAACUUUUUUUAUUCAUGUAGGGCAAGUUUUGCUCGGGAACAAAUACAGUACUUUGCAAUCAACCAACCCCAAAUGGACCUCCUUGCAUGUAGUUUGCCCGGCUAUAGGGUCCAAUAUUAUGAACAACUUCGAACACUUGUCCUGAAUUCCUGUGUUCAAUUUUAAUUUUCUCCUUUCAGUUAGGGGAUCGGACUUGCACCUCCCACAACUUUUGUUAAAGACAUCAUCAUUUGCUUCAUGCACAAUUAAGUUCAUCAUGUUUGUAUAGUCGCCAUAUUUCCUUACAAUUUUGUAUUUUUGUAUAAAUUGUUUACGUUUAUGUUUUUAUUUUUAUAUAUAGUGGUGACGCUAAUCAAGAGCGCCAUCACAACGUUUGUAAUAUCUUCCAAAUUUAACGCAAAAACAACUAGAAGCACAUGUGAAUGAUCUAAGAAAAAUUAGCGGUUCAUCGCUGGUUGAUGUGUACGUGUAACCUAGCUUAUACUUUUAGUGUUGAGAUUAGUAUUACUUAGUUGGUGUGAUGCCACUGAUGGUUUGCAUUUUGAUGUUGGAUGUGUUCACUUCUGUGAUUAAUGUUUCUGUCACAAUGUUUACAAGUUCUGAGAAAAUUUUUAUUGGAAUAAAGAAUGUUUGUAUCGGUACUCAAAAUUCCUUGUAAAUAUAAUCACCUGUUUAACAAUGCUUGGUUUGGUAAGGAGUAAUUAGAUUUUACAAAACAGGGCCUCAAGAUCCGUCAGUCCUCUCAUUAUGUUUAAAGGCAUCUGAAACGCCACUCGCCGCAACUCCCAUCCAUUCUAAUUAUGACCUAGAGUAUUUCCAGAUAGCACUCUGCCAUGCACUUCCUGGUCUAAAUUCCCUGUCACGCAUAGUUGAACCCUUCCUAGACCAUGGUUGACAGUGAUUGGUCUUCGAGGUCGUCUACGUGUCGGCGCGGCCAGCUGAAUGUUUCAAAAUGUUUAAAACGUCCUACAUUGAAAUGGAGGUCUUGCAGGGAUCGUGAUUAUGGUGUGUUACGCCGAACGGCGGUUAUACCGGCUAUACAGAUACAGAUACAGAUUAUGAACUGGUUUGAAGUAAGUCUGCAGUGGUUGUGGCGUUGUUAGGACACAAUUAUUGACAAUUGUACAUUGAGGUAGAUACUUGUUCCCACUUCUGUAGAUGCUACAUAUUAAAAUUAUGUCCAAUAUGUAGGCCUCCAGAUGGGGUUGGUUGUAGUAUUCGAUGACAUUUUCGUGACGAAAUGUGUUUUGAAAUAAUAUCUUUAAUCAAUAAACAUACUGUAUUUGACACUGUCCUUUAUUUGAAUGUUGCUAACUACCAUGUAAUAUGACGUCCAACGGUGUCUAUUUUGAAACAAUAUUUCUGAAAACUAGUACAGAGCUGAACAAUCGUUUGAAGACCUCAGACCCCCAUAUGAGUUUUUUAGAGUUCUUGCUUUAUCUCGUCUCACUUAAUAUUCAAAUCAGGCAGCAAGUAGCAUGCAAUCUAUUAAAAUGAUUAUCUUCUUUACUGAAAUUACACAUAUUGUAAAAAUAAAAGUCCUCGUGUUUUA